AUGAGUAACAUCAUGAUCCCCCCUGCACUCGAUAGUCGAAGAGUCACUCUUGAACUGACUACCCAUCUUUGCUCCCAAGACCAUCUUCUGCACGGCAUCGAUGAAAUCAUGAAAUUCGAGCAUUCAGAAGACGCCGAAUUGCAACGCCACGGUCGAAAGAUCAUCUCCCUGGCUGAGGUCGCCCGCAGCACCCUCAGACGUUUAAACGUAGGAUUGUAUCUGUUCAUCGCUUGUUCAGAGGCUUUGCUGCCGUUCAAGUCUGCGUACUUUAAAUUGCUUCUUUUUAUCGAACGCCGGAAGCACGCCUUUGGUACUGACCUAAAUGAAAGAAUAUCUAGGCUCUUGGAUCCUCUAUACACUCGGUUUGUCGUAUGUGGCGCAGGUGUCGACCCCCGUGACCAGUUGGGCAUCGAGGGAUUACCACCCCCUCCAGACAUACCGGCUGCUUGGAAAAUACCCAUACAGCCUGAAGUGCCUGCUACUAAGGUACCGUCAGCACAACAACAAGAUGUGGCGUCCGAUACCAUGCUGCCACCUGAUGCUUUCGAGAAAAAAAUGAAGAGACUCGCCCGACUUGGGGAGUUUAUAAAAGACCAGGCCGCGAAGAAGUUCCUGGCCCGUCGCGCACGAAAACAACUCAUGCAGAAGGCACGCCUGACUGGCAACCCGGGGGAAAAACGUCUAGUGCCUAAGCAGUAUGCAACAGGCAACCCAGAGACGGGACGUCUCGUACCUCAGCAAUGCGCAACGGGAAACAAGGACGCAGGACGUCUCGUGCCUAAGCAAUGCGCAACGGGCAACAAGGACACAGGCCGUCACGUGCCUAAUCAAAAUGCAACAGGUAACCCGGAGGAAAGGCGUCUUGCACCUAAACAAUACGGAAUUGGCAAACCUGGGGCAAAACGUAUGAUACCUCCACAAUACCCAGCGGGCAGGCCGAAGAAACACCGGGUUCUAGUGCCUAAGCUAGCGGGCGAUGCUAAACUGGGCACCGACGUGAAGCCUGCUUGUCCUGGAAGGAUGUUGACUCGAACGUAUGCCCAAUUCUUUGACUGA